GAUUCAAAAUUGAAUGAUAGAAAAAUAUCAUUUAUUGACAACAACAACAGCAACAACCAACACCAUCAUCAUCGCUACCCAAUCACCAUCACAACUAAAUACAACAUUCAUAUAAUCAUUCACCCAACAAUACCUGAGGUCUCAUCCUCGUUUUUCAAAAAAAUCAUCUUUUAUUCACAAAAUAUAAGUUUACCUUAAAAGAAUUGAACAACAACAAAAGAAAUAAAAUAUAAAGAAUGACAAAUAAUAUUGUUAAUUGUUAUGAAAAUGUUAAUAGCGGCGGUGGUGGUGGCUGUAAUAAUAAUAAUGCUGAUAAUGAUGAUCAACAUUCGAUAAUGACCAGAUCUAAAGGUGAUGAAAAGGAAAAUAAUGAAAAUGAUAGAAUGAAAUUGAAUAUAAAUUUACCAUUCAAUAAUAAUGAUGAUCUAAUCAUUAAUGAUAAUAUUGUCGGUGGACCAUCAUCUAAUCCAUGUGUUUCGGAUGAUGAUAAUCGAUCUAUUUGUGAAAAUGAACAGAAUCAGCUUUCAUUUUCAUCAUCAUCAUCACCACCACCAUCAUAUAAUAGCCAUAUAAAUAAUAUUGAUAAUUCACCAUCAAUCAUUAAGAACAAUUUAGCUGUUAAUAAUGCGGCUAUCCUUUUAUCAGAUGGCACAAAUUAUGCUGAAGAUCAAUAUAUUGGUCGAAAUCGACAUGGAUCAAAUGUUUCGAAAAUUCCUACAACAAGUAACAACCAUUCAUCAUCAACAUCAUCAUCAUCAUCACAUUCGUCUUCCUCAUCAUCAUCAACAUCAUGUUGUUCGCCACCACCAACACCAUCAUCAUCAACAUCAUGUACGAUGAGUGGUGAUUGUUCCAUAUGGCAAAUUCUACAUAUGAUUCUUGUUGUAAUAGCAUCUGCAACAAUCAAUGGUGUUGUAUUUGGUGUGGUUAAUAAUUUCGGCGUAUUCUAUGCCCAUCUUACCGAAUUAUCUAAAACAGAUAUCACAGCAUUGGGUUUCAGCAAUGAUAAUAGCCAAGAGAAUGAAUAUCAUAUGAUGACAUCAAACAAUGUUUCUAUUGUGGCUAAUAAUAUGACGACUACAACAAAAUUGGAUGCAGUCGUACAAUCAUUAAUCGCUGGUGUUGGUUCCUUUAAUGUUGGUCUAAUUUUCUUCUGUUCAAUAUUUGCAUCGGUAUUGAGUGAUCGUUAUGGUAUACGAAUGAUAUGUUUUAUUGGUGGUAUAUUGGCCACUAUUGGGAUGUAUGCAUCAUCUGUAUCGCUCAAUCUAAUUUAUCUUUAUGUUACGUAUGGCCUAGUUCUCGGUAUCGGUGCUUCAUUAGUAUAUGGACCAUCAUUAGCCAUAUUGGGACAUUAUUUUACUAGACGUCUUGGAUUGGUUAAUGGCCUAGUAACCGCUGGUAGUUCAGCAUUUUCCAUUGUAAUGCCCAUUUUGUUACGUUGGUUAUUAGAUCUCGUUGGCAUUCAAGUUACCUUCAAAUAUUUGUCCAUAUUGAUGGCCACUUUGAUACUUUGUUCAUUAUCAUUUAAGGAACGAAUUAAACGACCAUCGAAACAAAAUGGUUCUGCUAAGAAAAAUCUGGCCAACAUGUUUUUCUAUGAUGCAUUAUGGAAAAAUAAUCUUUAUCUUUAUUGGGUUAUUUCCAUACCAAUGGGAUUGUUUGGCUAUUUUGUACCAUUCUGUCAUCUUGUCAAACAUGCUCGAGAUAUUAAUUCCUCUUAUCAAGGCGAAGUAUUGGUAAUGUCCAUUGGUAUCACUUCCAUGAUUGGCCGUUUGAUUACCGGACCAUUAGCCGAUGUAUCGAAAAUUAAUCGAAUUUGUUUACAACAAAUAGCAUUCGCUUCAAUCGGAGUUUUGACCAUGUGUUUGCCGUUUGUCCGUGAUUUUCCUUUGCUACUGAUCUGUUGUGGUCUAGGACUUUUUGAUGGUACAUUCAUUUCAUUGCUUGGACCGAUUGCCUUCGAUUUGGUCGGACCCGAAUAUGCUAAUCAAGCCAUUGGUUUAUUACUAUGUUUCUGUUCACUUCCGUUGACAACUGGUCCACCGAUUGCCGCUUACGCAUAUGGAAUAUAUGGUAAUUAUAAACUAGCAUUUUGUUUGGCCGGUAUACCGCCCAUAUUUGCUGCGAUAUUAAUGUUGAACAUAAUACGUAUGCAACGAAUACAACGACGACGUACAUCGACCAUUAAAUUAGGCAUCGAUGAACCACGAACCGUAUUCGAUGAGGUAUUGAUCGUCAAUCAUCAUCAUCAUCAUAAUAAUCAUAAUGGCCAUAUUGGACAUAAUAAUACCAGUAACAACAAAUUAAUGAUAAAUGGGUGCAUGAAUGGUGAGAAAUUGCAUUUGCUCAUCAAUGUUCCGGGACAGGAUAACCACAAUCACCAUCAUAAUCAUCAUCAUCAUCAUAGACAAAAUCAUAAUGAUAUUAAUGGCACAACUAAAUUGAAACUUUCCGAUGAAGCCCAUUUAUCCAUCGAUAAUAAUGAUUCAGAUAAUAAUGGUGGUAAUGAAAAAACGGUCCUGUUGAAUAAUGAUGGUGAUAAUAUGAUGAUGAUUCUGCCUGCUAAAGAUCAUCAUUGCCAAUCAUCCUCAUCAUCAUCACCGACAUCACCAUCAAUAUCCAAUAAUGCCAAUCAUGAAUCCUCAUCAUCAUCUCGAAAAUCUUCAAUGAGAAUUUAAUGUUUUUUAUAUAAUGGCCAUCCACACCAAUUGCUUGUCAUUAUCAUCAUCGUCUCAAACUUUUUUUUUGAUUCGACAAUGUGAUUAUUACAUAUUUAGAAAUUGAUCAAGUCAUACUAUAAUUAUGAAAACACGAAACCACCUACC